AUCUAAGGUACGUUGGUGUAUAACAAUUAACACCCACUCUUGUAAGUGAUAACGUGUGAGUAUCAAACCCAACAAUCCAACAUUAGUUUGGAUUGCAGCAAUGAUGGUAUCUGCAAUACCAACACCAUUCUCUCCCAAUUGCUUCUUGCGUUCUCAUCAUCAUCAUCAUGUUUCUUAUUCCUCCUUCUUCAACUUCAACUGCGUGGUGCUGCCUCCCUCCUCUAACCCCAACUAUAUACUCAGAGCAUCUUCCUCUGAAGGACUUCCUGUUGAGAUUGUUGAAGACUCAAAAUUCGUUCCUUUGAAUGCUGAGGAUCCUAGAUAUGGUCCACCUGCAUUGCUGUUGUUGGGCUUUGAUGAAGAUGAGGCUUUUAAGAUUCAACAGCUUUUGAAAGAUUUGGAUGGUGAAUUCCUGAAGAUAAUCUAUUGUACUGAAGACAUGAUUACUCGUUCACUUUGGGAGGCAAUGCAUACAACACAAAACAGUUUGGAAGGGGUUAAGAUUGCAAAGUCGCUUCCUCGGAUAUGCUUCUUAUCCGGUUUAACUGGAGAGGAGAUGAUGAUGUUUAUUGAUGCUUUCCCAGAAAGUGGACUAAAAUCAACUGCGUUUGCGGCUCUUGUUCCGAACAGUGCCAAUAAACCACUGCAGGAGUUGAUAGAUGAAAUUAUGGGAGACCAUGAGAUGUUGACUGGAGAACAACUGUGAUGAGUAGAAUCCACCAAAUCCGAGGAAAAGCAAUUUCAUCUGAUCGAGGCCAACUAUUUUUCAACAUAUCAUGGAUAACGAAGUAUGCAUUGUAAAUCCGAGUGUAAUUAAAAAGUGUGUAAUUAAAGCCUAAUCUUUUGUGUAUUAAAUUGGUGUUUUGCCAACUUAAGAGUUCGUGCAUAUUUUCCAAAUUUGUCAGUUAGAUAAAUUAAAUUCAUACAGAAGGAAAAAACCAAAAACGACAAUGAAAUGAAUUGGAUGUUAUUCAUUAUAUACGGUA